UCUACUGCAAUGGUCCUAGUUGAAGAACUGCCUGUUGAGCUGCUCACACCACUUGAAGAUGUUUCGGUCAUUGAGAAAGAAACAAUCAAUCUUGAGUGUGAAAUCUCCAAGCCAAACAUCAAGGCAAAUUGGUUCAAAAAUGGCAAAGAAAUCAAACCGUCUAAACAAGUUGUCCCCAAGGUGGAAGGAACCAAACAUUUCCUGACUAUUAAAGAAAGUGAAAUGGAUGAUGCUGGAAAUUAUUCUAUCAAACUAGAGGAUGUUUCCUCAAAGUGUAAAGUUACUGUAAAAGGUAACCCAAAUAAGUUCUUUCUUAUUAACACUUAGUCUAUUUUACUAAAACUAUA